AUGGCUAACAGACACGCUGUAUCCAUUGUCUUCUUCGUGCUCUGGGGCCUGGCGUGCGCAGAACCUCUGUGUUCUGUGCCUUCCGCAGGUCCACUGUCUCGUAGCCCGUGUGAGUUGUUGCCGGUGGGAUCAGGUCAUCCUGUCCAGGCCCAGCUAAAGAGUUUCACAGCGUUGUCAGGGUGCGCGAGCCGUGGUACUACACUACUGCCUCAGGAGGUCCAUGUCAUUAACCUCCGCAGCAGCAACCCAGAGGGAGCAGGAGACAAACCAGCAGAGGUUGCGCUUCACCUGAAACCCAUCCAGUCCCUGUCCGUGCACCAGAAGCCACUGGUUUUUGUUCUCAGCUCCCCCCAACCCAUACUGUGGAAAGUCCGUGCAGAGAAGCUAGCCCUGGAAGUCAAACGCACCUUCCAUGUGUCUGAAGGAUCUGAAGUGCAUUUUCAGCCCAGAAACUUCUCUCUCACCUGUGAGGUUCAGGAGGACACUCUUCCUAAUGGCAACGAACACCUGCUGAGCUGGGCCCAGAGAAGAUACCGUGCAGUCACCUCUUUCAGUGAACUCAAGAUGGCUCAGGACGUCUUCAUCAAAGUGGGGGAGGAUCCAGUGUUUUCUGACACCUGCGUGAUUGAUAACAAGUUUCUGUCGCUGAACUACUUGGCCAGUUAUGUGGAGCCUCAGUCCUCCACGGGCUGUGUAUUGUCUGCCGUGGACCACGACCGUGAAGUCCACAUCAUUGAACUCCAGGCUCCCAACUCCAGCAGUGCGUUCCAGGUGGAUGUGAUUGUGGACCUGAGGCCCCUUGAAGGGGAUGCUCUCGUACGAGACAUUGUGCUGCUGCUUAAAUGCGAAAAGUCCGUCAACUGGGUCAUCAAAGCACACAAUAUCCGCGGCAAACUGGAUGUACUGACGUCCGAUAGCAUUAGCAUUAGCUCUAACACAGAAAGGCUAAUGCAGGUGUCUAAGACGACCAAGAAGCAGUUGCCCACCGGGGCACAGGCACUGAUCAAAUGGGCCGAGGACAACGGCUAUCAUCCCGUCACCUCAUACACUCACACUCCUGUGGCCAAUCUCUUCAAUUUACGCCUCCGCGAGCCAGAUAUGGUGGACCCUCUGGACAGCAUGUUCCCUCCAGAGCUUUCCAUCCUACGGAACAUCAACCCACUGCCUGUGCCCAGUGCCCGGGGUGGCCCUCCUCAUGCUACCCUGCCUUUCCCACUCCCUCCAUCUGUGGAGCAGGGGCCUCCCUUCCUUCCUCUUCCACCUUCUUUAGGGGAAGCUGCUUGGUUAGGGGGAGAACCAGAAGAGAUGCAUAGUGCUUUGAGCGAGAGUCUGAAUGUUCAGUGUGAGGAGGACAGGAUGGUGGUCAGCAUCAAGAAAGAAGACCUGGAGGAGAAUGGGUUUGGAAAAGUCAACAUCACACUUCAAGACCCAAAAUGCAAAGCAAGCUCUAAUUCUACUCACUACACACUCGAGACCUCGCUGGCAGGUUGCCAGACCACCAGAUUCCCCUCACACCCAAAUCCGAUGGUCAUGUAUAUCAACUCAAUUACGAUCAGCCAAUCAGAGCCUAGGGAUGGGAGUGGCUGGCCAACAGAUUAUGAAGAUUUAGAGUCUGGAGAUGUGGGAUUCCCUGCUGACACUCCCCUUUAUCCAAUACACCGCACCACCAUCUUGUUCAACUGCACGUAUGAAAAGACCCCAGAAACCCAGGGCAGGAUUCCCAUGAGCGCACCCAGACCUCCGAAGGAACCGCUCAACAAUGUGACGUUCAGCAUGGAACUCUUUAACACCAACCUCUUCCGCUAUCCGACACCCCAGGCCUUCCUCACCAUCUCUGAAAACAAACCCAUCUUUGUGGAGAUAUCUGCAACUAAAGCCGAUCCUGAGUUGGGUUUCAUGAUCCAAUCGUGUUUCAUCUCACCAAACUCCAACCCUCUGACGCCAUCUGAAUACACCAUCAUUGAGAAUGUGUGCCCCACGGAUGACUCUGUCACAUACUAUCCCCAGAGAGUGGACUUUCCCGUACCUCAUGCCCAAAUGGACCGAAAGCGCUUCAGCUUCACCUUCCGGUCCAAAUUUAACGUGUCGCUGCUCUUCCUGCACUGUGAGAUGUCACUGUGUUCUCAGAGACCGCACCUACCUGAGUGUAUGUUGCCGGACAAGGCUUGUACAGAUAUCGGGGUUGACACAAUCCUAAUUAUGAUGAUGAACACGUAUACUGCCACUAAGCCACUGGUGGUCGUCUCAGAUGGAGACACAGCAGGUUAUUCUCCAGGUGACACUCCAACACAACCAGCCAUUAUGUAUGUCUUGGAUACACCAACAGUGGUGGGAAUCGCUUUUGCGGCUUUUGUGAUUGGAGCUCUGUUGACUGGGGCACUGUGGUUCAUCUACUCUCAUACAGGUGACCCUGCCAGGCAGCAGCAGGUACCGAGGUCUCAGCCGGCGUCAGAAAACAGCAGCGCAGCUCACAGUAUAGGUAGCACCCAGAGUACCCCAUGCUCCAGCAGUAGCGCAGCGUAG